AUGAAGCAGCCUGGAACUCCAGGUCCGCGCGCCCGAGUGCCAGCCCUCCGUGGAUCGACGAGCACCCUUUCGCUUCCCUUGAACAAGCCUCAAGCGUCGGACGCCCCGCGGCAUCCGCAUUUCUACAAGACCGAAGGCAUGGUCGUGCUGAAGGUCGAGGGCUCCCUCUAUCGCGUGCACAAGUACCUGCUCGAGCAGCAGUCCGAGUUCUUCCGGCAGAUCAUCUGUGAAGAUCGCGACGCGAUGGGACACACCGACGACCAUCCCCUCCCCCUGCCCGAGACGAUCACUCAACAGGCCUUCGACUGCCUCCUCAACUUCCUCUACUCAGGGAUCUACGACCCCCAGAGCAUCGCGAUCCCCGACUGGGUCAUCCUCCUCCGGAUCGCGACGCGCCUGCAGUUCCCGAAGGUGCGCGCGUACGCCGUGCGCGAGCUGAGCGCGCGCCGGUGCGCGCUCUCGCCCGUAGACGCGCUCGUUCUCGCGAAGGAGCACGACAUCCCCGCGUGGUGCGCGCCCGCGUACGCCGACCUCGUCCGCCGCACGGCGCCGCUAAGCGAGGACGAGGCGGAGCGCCUCGGGGCGCGCGCGGCCGUGCGCGUCGCACGCGCGAGAGAGGUGCUCCGUGCGGAGGAGUUCGCCCAGCACCAGCACCGGCAGUUCGGAGCGCGGUACGCGCCGCCGGAGACGCGCGAUGAGCAACUUGUCACGCGCACAGUGAGCGAGGUGUUCCAGCUGCCGGCGUCGCAGGUGUGCGCGUGA